GUCAACAUCAUGGUUUUAAAUUUUAUAGCAGUUUGCUCAUUUUCAAUUUUGUUUGCUUAUUUAUAUUAUAUUUUGUUCAUUUAAAUUUCCUUUUGCUCAUUUUUCUUUUGUUUUUCUCAUAUUUUUAUCAGGGAAACAAAAUGUGAAUAUCAAUUAUGAUAUUCUCACAUUUCUUUCUGAUGUUGAUAAAAUAAAGGACUUGAAUUGGUGCAAGUAUAUCCUUGAUUCACUUAUGAAGGCCAAGCUUUUCUGGGAAGAACGUCAAACUCGUUCUUUUCCUGGGUCUUACUGUUUCUUAUGGUAUUACUAUAAUUUUUGUUUUUUUUUAAAUGUAGUAUUUCUUACUUAUUUGUUUAUUUUUAAUUUACUAAUUAAUUUUUCUUACUUGUUUGUAGUUAUUGUAUGUAUUAAUUGUUAUUUGUUUAAUUUUAAUGUACUAAUUUUUCUAUCUUACUUGUUUGUAGCUUUUAUAUGUUGAUCAGUUUGUCAUUGAGGAAGUUAGAGCCAAACGAGAAACUCCAGUUCUCAAAGGUUGGACAACCAAUAUGUUGUCAAGUCGUGAGAAAUUGGAAAUUUUUAAGGGGAGGCUUGGAUUUUUUGAUAAAAAUCAGAAGCUUGUUGGUCCUUCUGGUAGCAAACAACCAAAAAUGGAACAAUCUGAUCCAAUUCAUACAAAAAAUGAAGAAAUUGAACAAGAUCCAAAGAAGAAAUGCCUUAUGGAGCUUGCAACAACAUCUACAAAUCUAGUCUUGGCAUACAUGGAUUUCAGUCAAAAACAUGAAACUGCUGUCAAGUAUUUUCCAAACAAUGAGAAGAUUCAAAAGCUGAAGGAAGAUGAAAUGACCAUUUGUGAUGAGUAGAAGAUGAGCUCUAAAGCUUUGACUGAAGAUAUUCCUCUCUCAUUUAGCCAAGAUGAACAGUAUUGGCAAGAUCCAGCUGUAAUUGAAGCUUGGGAUAGGUUUUCAAAGAUUUCAGGCAAUGACA